AUGGAGCUCUCCGUCACAAUAGAGAACACUAUUGCAAAUGGCCUAUCUCCCAACACCAGCACCGACAUCAAGUCCGACGCCAUUUCCAUCUCCAUUUUCUAUAGGGAGCUCUCCGUCACAAUAGAGAACACUAUUGCAAAUGGCCUAUCUCCCAACACUAGCACCAACAUCAAGCCCAAAGCUAUUAAGGUACAAAUUCCUCAUGCGCAACAGCCUAGCAUUUCACCCCUCUUAGCUGUCGCUGCUCAGUCAAAACUAACAGUCAGACUAGGAGAUCUCUGCGGUACUGAGGUACAAAAUCCUAUUGGGCAUCACCCGAUUGCUCUUUGGACAGAUGCUGCAGACACUUAUGUUCCGCCCUCACACCGCGAGUCCCUUGUCCGCGACCCUUAUGAAAGCCCGAACCGAAAGCUCGCGCUCGAGUUCAACCUCCGACUUAGUAUCUUGGACAGUCAAUUCAACGAAAAGCUCGAUCAAGAUGCAGCCGGAAAAUUCCUAGCCACAAGAACAUUUUGCUCUUCCACGGACCGCUGCAUCUCUAUGAUUUGCCUUGAACACCAGCGUCAUGACCAGAGUAACGACCUGGAAACAUGGGGAAAGAGCGGUGAUAUUCCUAGAGAGCUAGACAAGCUUCUAGCCAGUAAGCUUUCCAAGUACAGCUCCUUGGGGGAGCUGGGCAAGUGUCUGGCUAGUGAGCUUUCCAAGUACAUCUACAUAUAG